AUGAGGUCAAUGUCUUCUUCACUGAAAACAGACAUCAAAAGUGAGAAGGACCUAAAAAUCGUAGAGGAAUUUGUCUUAAAGCUACCAGCAAACAAUUCUCAUAUGUACCAUGUCAUUGAAGGAGAGGUACAGUAACUACAGUUUAUCUAUUUAUAUAUUUUUUCUAUAAGGAUCUGGUAUUUCAAGAAAAAACUAUUAUUACACUAACUUUUUUCUACUUUGAUUAUAUGUCCAUUUUUCACCUUAGGGAGCUAAUCUUCGUGAGCCAAUCGAUGUACAAGUGGUUGAGAAAAUAAAAGAACUUCAUCGAAUUGGUGUAAAGACGGUAGAAGAAGUCAAAAGACACUUGAAUAAUUAUGUUGUGAACACAUUAUUUGCAGGAAAAGAGCCACCAUCUCAAGCCCGAAGAAGAUAUUUUCCAACUACCAACGAUAUCCGUAACAUUUUAAAUGCCCAACGCUCUGGUGACCGCAAAGCAACUGAUGAUCAAGAGAAUCUUUGCCUUAAGUGUGAAAAAUGGCAACAAGAAAAUCCUAAGGACUCUAUAUUUUUUAGGGUAAUUAAACUAGAUAAUCACUACUCCAGUUUUAAUUUUUAGGCAGAUUGCAUGAAUCAAAUAGACCAAAUAUUAAUGUAUCACUCACUCUGUGGUCAAUAUUCCGAAAACCAAAAUUUGUACUUUUUCAAAGGCAUCGACCAAAGACAAGGAAAAAUUCUUAUUUGUCUACCAAUCUGCCUGGAUGAAAAGACUACUGUUACUAUAUGGCCAAGAACUGUGUUUGUUGGAUGCCACUUACCGAGUUUGCAGGUAACAGAGUACAGCAUGCCUUUAUACAGAGCCAUCAGUACUGCACCAAACGUUUGGCUGUCUGGAAUGAUAUGUUGUUAUGAUUAAGUUGCAUAAAUUAAACUUUGAUUUCCAGGUAUGCUGUUCCACUCUUCUUUAUCUGUGUUCGAGCAAAUACUGGCUACAUUGUGGUGGCAGUGUUCAUACCAGAAAAUGAAGACAUCGAUUCUUUGGUGGAAGCACUGGAACUGAUCAAGGGAUUCAAUCCUGACUGGAAACCAAAUAACUUCUUAGUUGAUUUCUCCUUAGCUGAAAUUGGAGCCAUAGAAAAAACAUUUUCAAGUGAGUAAAGAUUUCACCCUGGGAUAAAUAUGGACCAUUAGUUAAAAGUAUGCUGAAGUUGUUAACAUGAUACAGUAACAACUAAAUGGUACAACAGAUAUAUAUGGCAAUGUACUGAAUGCACCAGCCAUUAUAUGAAGGUACUAAAUAAGUGCAAAAUUAUCAUUGUCAAGUUGGAAACGAAUUAGAAAGAACCCACGUUGUAUGUUUUUAGAAUGUCGCAUCCACCUGUGUGAUUUUCAUAGAGAAAAAGCCUGGAAUGAAUGGCUAUCAAAGAUCGACCAUGGCAUGUCUACUCGUAAAGAUGAAGUUUUGGGUUAUCUACGGAGCAUAGCCAGCAGUGCCAGUAAGCUUGAUCUGGAGAAAAACACUCUAGCAUUUAAAAGCAGUGAAGUAUGGAAAAAUUCUCCUACCCUACAGAAGUACUACACUGAACACUGGGAAACACAUAAAGAGGUACAUAAUGAUGUACUUCACAUUUAAAGUACUCACUUGUUUAAAGAUAAAAACAUUGAUAUAUUUUUAAAGAGUGCUUAUAUUACCGUACCCUGUAAAAAACAAACUUGAGAGAAAUUUCCAAUCAUCGGUCCAUUUAACAACUAAAAUUAUAUUUCAGAAAUGGGUGAGGUUCUACCGUGCUACUGCCUUACGUGUUGCAAUAUACACUAAUAACGGAAUAGAGCGACAAAACAACUGGCUGAAGUCAUCUUAUCUUGAGAGGAAAAGAAACAGCACCAUAGCAGAACUGGUGGAUGUCUUGCUCACACAAUUUCUUCCUGAUAGUUACAACAAGUAAGACAUCUUCAGUAAUGUAUAUACUCUAUAGUAUACAAUGUACUGUAUUUUCCCCAGUGAUUUAUCAUCUGUGUAGCCGACUGCACAACGUCAACCUAUUUGUUUACCUGCAGAAAUUGCAUUUAAAUCUUUGUUUAUCACUGUUCACAGAUACAAACAACUUAAUCUUCGGUCAUCAGAAAUGUACAGGAAGUAUGACAGCAAAGUUCCAGAGUUUUUGCAUAACCGUCCAAACGGAAUUGUUAGACAUAUCAUGAAAAGAAUGUAUCCAGAGUAUCCAAGCAGUUAUGUUCAAAAUUGUGGACACAAGCUAUUCAUGGUGAAUAGUGAAACAUCUGACACAAGAUACCAAGUGUGGCUUGGCUCAGAUAUCCAACUUCCAAGCUGUCAAUGUGUCGAUUACAGGAUAAACAGGCUCCCUUGUAAACAUAUUUGUGCAGUGGUCAAUCUUCCAGAUGUUGGAUGGCAGUCUCUUGGGGCAAGUUUCAAUAACUACCCACUUUUUAAAUUGGAUUCUACUGUGGUAACAUACAAUUCAUCUGCUCAGUCAUCAACUAUCCAAAACAACAGUGCCACUAAAGAGAAUGAUGCCAGCAAAGACGAUGAUGCUAGCAAAGGAAAUGAUGACAACGAUGGUGCUUUUGUUGACCAAGCAGAAAACAUCAAAACAGCAACAUCACCAGAAAAACUACAAAAGAAAAAUGAUGUUCAAUACAAAGGACUGAAAGCAAGGAAGCAAGGACUGAAAGUAAAUGCUAGAGCGAAAUGCAUUUCAACACUAAAAGCACUGAAUGAUGAGCUAUAUAUAGUGCAAAACACCAAAGUAUUGUCCAAGCUGCAGUCAUUGAUGCAAGAAGCACUAACUUAUGCACGGGCUAACCAUCCUGAUGAGAACAACAUUCCUUUAAAGGAUAAAACACUCUCUCCAAUUAAGCGUGCCAAGAAAAGGAAAGUUAGUCAGCUGAGUGGCAAAAAACCAUCGUUACCCUUGCAAGCUAAGAGAAGAAAAAAGAAGCGCUUUGGUUUUGGUGCAGAGAACCGAGAAAAAUCAGCUGAUCUCACCAUCACAUCAAAUGGUUCUGUCAAGAACAAAGAAAAUAAAAGAGAGAAACCUGUUGUCAUUGAUUUGACCACUCUCGAGAAUUAUGAACAGUCGAAUGCCAAAGCACAACCGUGGUUAACUGUGCAAGGAAUUAAUCUAACAGAAGAAUUACGAGAAAUUCUGAUGAAUGAAAAGGAAUGGCUUUCAGAUGAACAUGUGGAUGCAGCUCAACGGUUACUAAAGUCAGAGAACCUUGGUGUUGGUAGCCUGAAUGAUAUUGUUGUGAUGACUCACUUCAAAAAAACAAGAGUCGACUUUGCAACUGCAGAUGGUAGGACUAUUCAAUGCCAUAACAUUGGAGGCCAUUGGGUGGUAUCGACAUCUGUCCAUGGUAGGGUUACUGUGUAUGAGAGCUUGUACACUGGGCUCAACAAAACGUUACUGCAACAACUUGCGUAUCUGUACCAAAACGUUUGUGUCGAGGGACAACUUACAGUGACUGUUGUUUUACAACAACUUCAGAAAGGCCUUUCUGAUUGUGGCCUAUUUUGUCUAGCAAAUGCCACAGCACUUACCCAAGGAGUGAAUCCAACUUAUGUUACGUGGGAUCAAAGUAAAAUGAGAGAACAUCUUGCAGAAUGUUAUAAAAAUAAUCGAAUGAAAGUGUUUCCUCAUCUACCUAAUUGGCAAGGUGGUAAGCAAACUAAAGUCUACAAACUGAAACUCUUGGGUAAAUAA